CACUUAUGAGUAACAUUGCCAUGACCAGUCAGAGAGGCGCCUUCAUCGUCUUUGAGGGUCUUGACAGAUCUGGAAAGUCCACUCAGGUUGGAGCGGUAGUGGCGCGAUUACAACGGGAGGGUCGUAAGGUCAGACUGCAAAAGUUUCCAGACCGGACCACUCGUAUAGGCGGUAUGAUCGAUGCAUAUCUGCAGAGUAAAUCAGAGCUCGAUGACCAUUCGAUCCAUCUACUCUUCAGUGCCAAUCGAUGGGAAUGUGCGAAUGCCAUCGAGAGGGAUGUCUCAUCUGGCACCAUUGUCAUCGCAGAUCGGUAUGCCUUUUCUGGGAUCGCCUUUUCAGCUGCAAAAGGUCUUUCAUUCCAAUAUUGCUUAAACCCCGACACGGGCCUUCCCUUACCGGAUCGGACAGUCUAUCUCACUCUUUCGCCCGAGGUAGCUGCAUCAAGAGGUGCAUACGGAGAGGAGAGAUAUGAGACGCUGGAGAUGCAGAAGCGGGUACGAGAGCAAUUCACUCUGGUAGCUGAGGAGACAAGGCGGAGACACGGCGAUGAUCGGUGGGCUGAGAUCAACGCCGAUGGGACGGUGGAAGAGGUUGAAGCGCUCAUCUGGGAGAACAUCCAGCCGGUCAUCAUGGAGCCCCUCCAAUGCCUUGGAAAGUUAUGGACAUGAAUAUGUAUCAUGAACAC